GUAAAAGAACGUAGAAAGAGGUGACGAACAGGCAAUUAGAAGGCCAAGAUAGUACAAAGAAUAAAGCACAAGUUAGUACAAGAUGAGAUUUGUGCCUCACAGGAAUGCAGAGCUGCAGACCAGUACAAAGCCGUGGAACCCAGAAUACUGCUCGGAUUCAGAGACAGAAACAGAUACAGAUGUGAACUCAAACUCACACUCGAACUGGGUGGUCAACUCGGAAGAGGCAGAGGUGACGAGUGAUGUCAGCUCUGCAUCGUCAGUAUGCAAGGGGGACGAGGUCGGAGUGCUGGAAGACUUGAGCAAGCUGCCCGAAUUUCUAUCCACACAAGGAUUGGAAAAACGGUUCAACUUGGCAUGCACCUUGGCUGAAAACAGUGCAGCAAUCACCUCUCUCUACGGUUAUGUGGAAGAUGAUCAUGGGUACUAUAUUGAACACAACCCCGAAACGCCAACAGGCGAUUUGGCGGGGACGGCUGCGGAGACGUCUGCCAAAGGACCGGAACCUUUGUCGAAGUUUUUCAUAUCACAGUUCACGGAUGAAAGAGCCAAGAGGAGAGAUGCAGUGACACGUCUGUUGAAAAUCGAGGAAGAACGCAUCAGAAAAGAGGAGGAGGAAAGAAGGAGGAAAAUCGAGGAACAGAGAAGGAGAGAGGAAGAGGCUGCAAGGAAAGCAAAGGAAGAGACCGAAAGGAAGCUUCUGGCAGAGCAGAGGAGGAAAGAAGAAGAACUGAAACGUCGACAAGAGGAGGAAAAGGCAAGACAAGAGGCACUGAAGAGGGAAGAGCAAGCACGCUUGCAGAAGCAGAAGGCCGAGGAAGAAGCUGCAGCAGCAAAGAAACAGGAGGCCCUCAAGAGAGCCAAAGAGGAAGCCUCUAAAAUGGUUGUCAGACCUGCGGAGAUUGAGUUGCUGUACUUGAAGUAUAUGCAGGAUGUGAAGGACAUUGAUACCCAAAUCGUGCAGCCGAUGAACGCCAAUAAGGAGCUAAAGAAAGCUGCUGGAAGCCACAAACGUAAGAUCAAUCCCAAGUUUGGCCAGUUGACCAAGAGCCAAAACCAAUUGGUCCGAAUCACCAACGAGAUCAAGCUUUUGAUUGAACAGACCAGGGCACAUGACUCCGUCUACAAAUGGAUUCUCAAUUUCAUUUCCGAUGCGAUAAUCUCUCAGGCGGAAACCGAGGUGUCUGUCAAACCGUCUGCUUCGUUGCCAUUGGCAAAACUCACGUUGAACUUGCUCAUUCUCUUUGACGAGCUACGGUACUUUCUGCUGGCAAAGUUCUAUUCCUCUUGUCCCUUCUUGCUUGGCUACUCGUGCUCUCAGGACACCGAGGAGGGGAGAGUCCGGCUGGGCUGGACCAGGGAUGAAGACACAGGCAAGUGGGAAAUCGAAGAGCAACACAACGAACGGUUAUGCGGUAUAUCUACCCUGUACUCAGUGAUAACUCGUCUCAAACUGGACUCUUCAUAUGUUGGAUACGAUCCUUCAACAACGAAACACCCGUUGCCUAUCAAAUACUCGUGGAUAUUUCUUUCUCGAAUGGUGGACGUGCCGACGGACCAGUUGUCGGAAACCCACUACUCUAUAGUGGGCGCAUGGUGGGACGCAUGCUCUGUUGAGUUUCUCCAGGCGUACGGCAAGCAGAGUCAGAAACUUCUGAGACUUGUUUCCGAGCAAUGGACCUCGGUUAACGGUGGUUCAUCCGCAGGAAAAGUUAGAUUGAGAUUGCUCGGAGAAGAGUGGAUGAAGGGCUCCAUUAAAUCGUUCCCUCAGAUGGAACCAUGAUUCCACCAGAUGAACACUAAUUUAUAGAUUUUGUAUAGAACAUUUAGACUGUAACAUAUUAAUACUGCUCACAGAUUGCAG